AUGGCCGCAGCCAUCGCCAGCUCCCUGAUCCGCCAGAAGAGACAAGCCAGGGAGCGGGAGAAGUCCAAUGCCUGUAAGUGUGUCAACAGCCCCAGCAAGAGCAAGGGAAGCUGCGACAAGAACAAGUUGAAUGUGUUUUCCAGGGUCAAACUCUUUGGCUCCAAGAAAAGGCGAAGGCGGCGACCAGAGCCUCAGCUUAAAGGUAUAGUAACAAAGCUAUACAGCAGGCAAGGAUACCACUUGCAGUUGCAAGCAGAUGGAACAAUUGAUGGAACAAAAGAGGAAGACAGUAGUUAUACUUUGUUUAACCUCAUACCUGUGGGUUUACGAGUGGUGGCGAUUCAGGGGGUUCAAACAAAAUUAUAUCUGGCAAUGAACAGUGAAGGAUACCUAUAUACAUCAGAACAUUUUACACCCGAAUGCAAGUUCAAAGAAUCAGUAUUUGAAAACUACUAUGUGACGUAUUCUUCAAUGAUCUACAGACAGCAACAGUCUGGCCGGGGUUGGUAUUUGGGUCUUAACAAAGAAGGAGAAAUAAUGAAAGGAAACCACGUGAAGAAAAACAAGCCUGCAGCACACUUUCUUCCAAAACCAUUAAAAGUGGCCAUGUACAAAGAGCCUUCUCUCCAUGAUCUCACGGAGUUCUCAAGAUCUGGAAGUGGGACCCCAACAAAGAGCAGAAGUGUUUCAGGAGUGCUAAAUGGGGGUAAAUCCAUGAGCCAAAACGAGUCAACGUAGCCAGGUUCAGGCAAGCCAAGUGCACUCUAAACAGAACCUUACCUCUGGAUGCAGUUGAAUUCUUACUAGCAGUCUUUCAUCCAAACGUUCAAUUGCCCAGGACAAGCCACUGAACUUGCAUAGGUCACUCGUUUAUCAGCCAUUAGAUCUACUGGUUGUCAAAGGAUAUACCCCAAUAAUGUAGAAUAUGCUUGUGCAUAUCAC